AUGGAAGGUAUUUUAUUAAAAUGGACAAAUUAUGUUAGUGGUUGGCAACAACGUUAUUUUAUUUUAAAUGAUGGUGUUCUAUCAUAUUAUCGUUCUAAAGAAGAAAUGAAUAGUGGUUGUAAAGGAUCAGUGAAAUUAUCUGUAUGUGAUGUGAUAGUGCAUAGUUCUGAUCCGCGUAGAUUUGAUUUAAUUCUUGGUGAACAAAGAUAUUAUUUACGUGCAUUAUCUCGAGCUGAUCGACAAAGAUGGGUUAUAGCACUUGGAAGUUCAAAAGUUAGUACACCAUCAUACAAAUCAGAAGAUGUAAAUAUUUAUGAACCGUCACAAACUCAACUAAUCGAUAAUCAUCGGUCAGAAUUACGCCUUUAUCAUAAUUUGAUGGUACAACAAGUGAAAGAGAUUCAAAGUCAUUUGAAAGAAGGCACCAUACCAGAUAUGGAUCGUAUUGAUGAAUUGACUGGUAUGCUAAAUGCAUCUUGUUCAACUUUCCUAAUUGCUUUGGAUGAAUUAAUGAUAUUGAGUCAUGCUCAAGCACCAUGGUUAAGUUCAAUUGUCACACCAACUGGAUCGAUGCUGGACACAACAAGUUCGAAUGUUGUGCUUCAAAAUACAUCAUGUUUUAGUAGUAACAAUAAUAAUGUGGAUAUUGGUAAUUUACAUUCACCAACUAUGAGUGGUUUUCAUUCCCCAUUGAUGACAAAUGAUUCGAAAUUACGAAAUUCACAUACACAUUCAUCAUUGAAUCGUCGUCAUUUCAACGCUACACGAAAAUAUCAAACUUUCUUUUCUACGUUAGAAUAUAGUUUUGAAGACAUCAGACCAUCCCUACCAACACAAUCCAAUCCAGACAAUGAUGAAAUCAAACUACCUGGUGAUUAUUUAUCAGCUUUGGAAUUUGUCAAAGCAUCCAAAUGUUUAUUACAUUUUCUUGAUCGAUUCAACCCAACACAUCAGACUCAUUCAACAAUAGUCAAUAAUAAAUCUUGUCCAACUACUACAACGCCGACACAUACACAUAUUUAUGUUGCAUUAAAACAAGCGGAACAUUGUUUAUUGAAUUAUUUAAAUUGUAUUGAAUAUCAUGUAGAAAUGCAUUGUACCACAUUAGAUAUGAACAAUAAUCGUACUACUGAUAAUACUACUGAUAAUGCUACUCCUACUACUCCUACUACUACUACCAUUAUCGAUGAAUUGAAUAAAACUUCAUUGGUCGAAAACAAUAAAUCAAAUCAUGAUAUCACUAAUAAUCAUUGUAAUGUUUUAUUUAAAAAAGCUCAACUCAGUUUAGGUGAUCUAUUACGUUAUGAAAUGAAACAUAAUGGAACAACAGUACAAGACAAUACCAAUAACAAUAUCAAUAAUCAUAAUAAUAAUAAUAAUUCUGUUUAUAUGUCUAUUUUAUGGUUAUGUAGAUGGUUAAAUUUUGUCAGAGAAUUUCUUCAUCAUUUAUUCCAUUCACCGGAUCAACAAUCUACACCAAUUAAUUAUACAUUGAAUUCAGAUAUAAAUCUUGUUACAAUUGCCAAUGAAGCAUAUACUCGAUGUUUACGACCUUUUCAUACAUGGUCUAUACGAGGUAUGGCUAUGGUUAUUAUGCAAUCACUUCCAUCACGUUCCUACUUAUUUGAUUUAUUACUGGCGGAUAAUCCUGACACUAUGACAUCAUCACCAACUACAACCACAUCCACAACUGGAUCACCUUAUGGAUCAUUCAAUGAACCCGCUUCAUCUUUAUUAUGUAUACGUUAUCCUGAAGCCUAUAUUCAAUUGAAACUUGAUGCAACACGUUAUUCCGAAGCAUUAGGUCGAUGUUUAACUCUUAUUGAAGGCCUAUUAGCCAGUUUAGAUUUAAAUCGUAUAUUCACUGGAUUGGAAAAUAUCGUGAAGUCAUACGAUCGUGCUACUGGAACUUAUACGGAUCACGUAGAAUUCCCUCAAAAUGCUAUAAUGGCGUAUAAAGAUUCGGACUUUGUAGCUUGUAUAGUCGAUUCCAUCCUUAUCGUAUACUGGAUUAACUUAAAUGUCUCAGUAAGGUAUUUGGUUCCAACUAGUGAAAAGCAUGCAGAAAAAAAGAAGUAUACAUGCAUCGCAGCACAUCCCAACGACCAGGUUAUUGCUACGGGAAAUGGUAUCGGUGAAAUAUUCAUUUGGUGGAAUUUAUGUACUCAGACGGAUGGUCAUUUCAACUUAUUAAACCCUGCUUCUGACGAAUGGGCUGAAAAGGAAAACUGCACAGAAAAUGAUGCUUUUGAUGAUGCCAAAAAUGCUAUCAAAAAAUGUUUUGCAGAAGGCCGUCUACUCACCUAUUACCCAGUUCAUCCAUCUCAUGUUAAACGGUCUUUACUUCAUUGGCAUUCUGUACAAGUAACAAGUCUUUGCUUCACGCCAUGUGGCACACAUCUUCUCUCUGGUGGUUUGGAAGGUGUGUUGGUCAAAUGGGAUAUGACUGACUGUUUUGGAGGUCCACAACAGCGUCGAUUUCUACCCCAUUUCGGCUCUCCAAUAUCUUCUGUUCGAAGUCAUGGCGGUGUCUGUGAAGAUAUGAUCUCUGUAAAUUUGGCGAAUAACUCAUUUCACAUUAUGGAUGGUGCUUUCACAAUAAUCUAUUCAAAUCAAGGCUUUAUGCAAUUACCAAAAUAUUGGUUUCCAAUCCGCAGUUCAUUAAAAAUACCAACAAAUUUAAUGAUUUUACAAAAUAAACUCUCAUCAUCAAUGAAUAAUGACGACGAUGUAUUGUCUUCGACCUGCUUCUUAACAAAUGGUGGUUGUGGUAAAUUACAAUUAACUAAUGUAAUUGAUGGUGAACGUCAUGUUCAAAAGAUUGAUAUUACUCAUCAGAAUUUUGCUGUACGAAAUACCGAUACAAAACAUCCAAUUAUGUAUACUGAAGUAUUAUUCAUUGCUCAAUUAUGCACAGAAAUGACAUUUACAUGGUUUGUGACUUAUGAAUGUGUAAAUAUGUCCACUAAUGACUCAUCAAUUGAUGAUCAAUCACGUCUAACAUGGUGGCAAUGUAGUAAUAGUAGUAGUAGUAGUAAGUUGGAUGAGAAGAAUGUGGAUAACGUGGAUGUAGCAUCACCUUCAGUUGAUGGAAUUCAUAAUUUGGUUAAAUUCACAUCAGUUGAUACUUAUUCAUUGUCACAUUUUGGUUGUCCAGUUGUCAGUAUGGAAUUUGUUCCAUCGGAAAAAAAUCAAUUGUACACACUGUUUAAGGAUUAUCGAUUGAUGAUAUGGAAUUAUAAUUCGGAAUACUCGAAAAAUCCCAUUUACUCACCGUGGAUUCCAGCUUCAUGUCAUCUUUUGUCGUAUGCGAAUCCCAAUCGAUCGAUUCUACCGCCUACCUCUCUAAUUAUUCCCUUCAAUGUACAAUCUAAUACAAAGCAGUGCAACACAUCAACAAGCCUUUUAGUGUGUUCCGAUCUUGAUUUGACUCUUAUGAAUUGGGAUGAAAUUUUACUGGAGAGUAAUCCAAAAAUUGCUGCCAGUGUUUGUUUCAAAAAGAAUCUGUUAAAACUAUGGCCAGAUGCAAAGAAGAUUAUGCUUGACAAAUGUGUUAUUGUCUUCUCGCCUACAAGCGAUGUUGAUCAUGAUAUUUCACGUUACCUCGCUGUCACCAUUCGCGGUUAUUGUCCAACAUCAAUAAGUGAGCGUAUUUCACAUGGUGCUUUGUGUCUGGUGAAAUGUACACCGUCCAGUGUUGAAAUAAUAUCGAUUGUUCCAGAUGUAUUGGCGACCUGUAUAACGUCACAUCCCAGUAAACCUUAUCUAGCUGUAGGUCUAGGAAAUGGAACAGUCACUAUUUUCGAAGUUCAAUUCAAAGCAAAUAUACAAUUGAACAGUAUACAUUCAUUGCCAAAUCUUAUUGCUCAACCAUUAUGUGAUCGAAAACAUUAUGGUGGAGAAAAGAAAAAACAUAAAAUGCGGAAUCCAAAUGGAACAUUAUUUGUAUCAUUGUGUUUUAUUUCGUCGAAUGAUGCUAAAUCUUGUUCUGAUCAUAAUGAUAAUACUGAUAAACAGUAUCACAAUCAUAUUCAGUUGGCAGGAUUAAUGAAAACAUUAGUUGGCAGAGAAACAGGACGAUAUGAUUUGGUGUAUUAUGGAACACGUACAAAAAUGCAGAAGAACUCAACGGAGACCACUACACGGUUCAAUGUCCAAUCAAAACAACAAGGUUUACUACAGUUAGUUGAUACAGCAUCUCCAGUGAAAUUUGAUAAUCCUGUUCGAGUAAACAAACGUAAAUUGAAUUCUGACAUUCAAUUGGAAAAUACAUUAAAACAAAUCAGUGAAUAUCCUAUCUAUACAGCGCCACCACCUGAUCAAUUGUUACAUCAACUUAUGAUGCGAAAACAUUAA